GCUCUGUUUUCUCUAACAGAAGCCACAACACGCCUCCGAUUUCAAUGUCAAUUUUGAAAAAUUUCAGCCAUUUAUCUUUUUGCGCGGGAAAAUUUCUUGCAUAAAAGAUGGGGCUGCCAUCUACUAAACGUUGGCCACCUUCAAGUGGCAGUGCAUGCAAUCCAGACCAUUCGAGCUUUUGGCCCAACAGAUGAUACCAGCAUAACUGAGUACACCCGAUUUUACAGCUUUGCGUUUGGACCAAUGAACAUUUGCUCCUCAAGGAAUUUGGAAUUUGGAUUUCCGGCUUAGUACCAUCUCUCACAAUCGUGGCCCCAAUUUGGACGGAGUGAAGGAAGGAUGAUGAACUCAGACGGUAGAAAAGGCCCAUUUUUCAGAGAUCCUAAUUUGAUCGAUUUGGUCCUCUCAUGGAGAGGAUUUAUGAAAUCGGACGGUCGGAAAGGGGACAGAUAUCCCAGUUUGAUCGAUUUGGUCCUCUCAUGGUCUAUUGAAGAUAUCUUCGAUGAGAAGCGCUACAUAGAUAAGGUGAAGAAGAUACCGGAAACAUUUCCAUCAGUUGAGGAUUAUGUUGUGUCAUACAUCUUCCCUCUGAUAGAGGAAACACGUGCAGACUUGUACUCUUGUUUAGAAGUGGUCUCUGAUGCUCCUUGUACAGAAAUAACAGCUAUAAAGGAAUCAAAGCAUGCAUCAGAUUUAUCUUACUUCGUUGAAGUUAGUGGUUGGAAAUGUGAAUCAGGUUUUGGUAACAAUGAAAUUUACAAACCAAUCCCUGGGGAUAUUUUGAUUCUUUCUAAUAGGAUUCCGGAGGUUGCAGCGGAUCUUCAAAGAUAUGGCACGACUUAUUUUCUGGCAUCAGUUACUGAUCCUGAAAUUCUUUUUAUUGAUGAAAAAGAAAAUUCAAAGUCAGUUACUUUGUUUACUGAAGUUGAAUCGGACAAAGAAUACCACAAGGGUUUUGAAAUUAAAGUAUCAAGGAGGAUCGAAGUUGCAGAUGGAAUGGGGAAUUCACUUCAUGCAAUUUUUCUUACAAAUUUAACGACAAACAAUCGGAUAUGGAAAGCUCUAAGUUGGGAGAUUGAUGAGGACAACAAAAAUCUAAAUAUGAUCAGAGAGGUUUUGUACACCAAGCCCUUGGACGUGAGCACAUGCAAUGCCUGUUCUUAUGGACUAAUAGAUGUUUGGGCUACUAAAUUCUAUGGCGAUUUAAUCUCUUUAAAUUUGAAUGCCUCACAAAUGGAUGCAAUACUAAGUGCUUUAUCGGCUAUACAGUGCAAGCAUUCGCAUUCAUUCAAACUUAUCUGGGGCCCACCAGGGACAGGAAAGACAAAAGCCAUUAGUGCAUUGCUGUGGGUGCUCUUGGAUAUGAACUGCAGGACCCUUACAUGUGCACCAACAAAUGUUGCAGUCACACAAGUUUGCUCACGUCUCCUGAGCUUAGUCAAAGAAUAUCGUGGACGGGAUAAUGAAAAUGGAUUCUCUUGUUUUUCCCUGGGUGAUGUGGUGCUAUUUGGAAACAAGGAUAGAAUGUCAGCAGAUGAGGAUUCUCAACUUCAAGAGAUAUUUUUGGACUAUCGUGCUGAUAGGCUUGCCGAAUGCUUUGAACCUGCAUCUGGAUGGAAAAAUAUGCUAGUCUCAUUGAUAUCUUUACUUGAAGAUUGUGUCCCUCAGUAUCACACUUAUUUGAAAGACAAAAAGGAAGAUGAGACUAUUAGUUUUAGGGAGUUUCUAAAGAAGCCGUUGGAGGCCAUUGCAGUACCCCUUUGUGACUGUUUGAGGCUUCUGCAGGUCCAUUUAACUAGAAGUUUCAUUUCUGAAAAUGUAUCUGCAAACAUCGUUGCUCUUUUCAGUUUUCUUGAAAAUUUUGGAAGUUUGUUGUGCGCCAGAGAUGUUUCCGAUAAAGAACUAGAGGAGAUUUUUUUGCCUGAACAUCCAUUGAGUGAAUAUUCUCCAUCUACAGAUGUGCCGCUUAGUGCCCAUUCCAUGUCGGAGGGCUCUGCCAGAAAAGCUUUGGACAAAACAAGAAGAGAAUGCCUUCGUAUUUUAAGAGUUCUUAAAGACACUCUUCAGUUACCCCUUACAACUAGUAAGGAUUGGAUAAAAGGAUUCUGCUUGAAGAAUGCUAUGCUCAUUUUCUGCACCGCUUCUACUGCUUCUUUGUUGCGCCAUUAUGAGAUGGAAGUUGUGGUUAUUGAUGAAGCUGCACAGUUAAAAGAAUGUGAAUCGGUUAUUCCACUUCGAACCAAGGGUAUACAGCAUGCUGUUCUCAUUGGAGAUGAGCGUCAGCUGCCUUCUUUGGUGAAGAGCAAGGUCUCUGAGGAAGCUGGGUUUGGAAGAAGUCUUUUUGAAAGGUUGGGUUUGCUGGGGCAUCAGAAACAUCUGCUCAAUAUGCAGUAUCGUAUGCACCCUGCAAUAAGUGCUUUCCCGAAUGCCAAGUUUUAUGGUGGCCAGAUUUUGGAUGGUCCAAAUGUCACAGAUGCUAGCUAUGAACAGCAUUAUCUUCAGGGAAGUAUGUAUGGUGCUUAUUCAUUCAUACACAUUGCUGAUGGAAGGGAGGAGAAGGAUGAUGUUGGAAAUAGUCGGAAAAAUAUGGUCGAGGUGGCUGUUGUCUUGAAAAUAAUCAGAAGCCUUUUUAAGUCAUGGGAAGGUACAGGGCGAAGCCUCAGUAUAGGAGUGGUGUCCCCAUAUAGCUCUCAAGUUAAUGCAAUUCAGGAGAAAAUUGCAAACCAGCAUGAAAAUCACAAUGGCUUUUCUCUAAAGGUUGGGUCUGUUGAUGGGUUUCAAGGUGGUGAGAUGGAUAUCAUUAUACUUUCAACUGUCAGGUCCAAUAGCAAGGGAUCAGUUGGGUUUCUUGCAAAUUUUAACCGAACAAAUGUGGCGUUGACAAGGGCUAGGCAUUGCCUUUGGAUUUUGGGAAAUGCAUCAACCUUGAUUCGAAGUGAUUCUGUUUGGGAAGAACUAGUGUAUGAUAUGAAGGAAAGAGGGUGCUUCUUUAACGCCGAGGAGGACAAAGGAUUGGCCAAAGCAAUUUUACAAGUUAAGAAUGAACUUAAUCAGCUUGACGAUUUGCUCAAAGCGGACUCUAUACUUCUCAACACGGCUAGAUGGAAGGUUCUUUUCAGUGAUGAUUUCCGAAAGUCUUUUGCAAAGUUGAAGUAUCUCCAGAUCAAACAGGCAGUGAUGCAAUUGUUACUGAGGCUUGCUGAUGGUUGGCGUCCAAAAAGUAAAAGUCUUGAUUUUCCAGACUCCUUUCAGCUUGCAAAACAGUGCCGGGUCAGAGAGUUGUAUCUCAUAUGGAUGGUUGACAUUGUAAAGGAUGGAAGAUAUUUCCAGGUGUUGAAGGUCUGGGACAUUGUACCAAUGACAGAAAUCCCAAAACUGGUGAAGCGUCUUGAUAACAUUUUUGCAAUGUACACUGACACUUAUAUAGAGCACUGCAAAGUGAAAUGUGUCGAGGGAAAACUUGAAGUGCCAAUGAUCUGGAAUAUAGGAUAUGAUAUCAUUCGGUAUAAGAAACUCAGCAAAAGUGAACAUGUGGUGGACGUGGGAGGUGCCGGAGUUGAAGAGUAUAUGGAGAACUCCAAAGUCAGCGAGAGUUUGUUAUUGAUGAAAUUCUACUCAUUAUCAUCUGGAGUAGUGAAACACUUGCUCACUGAUAAUGAAGGGAGAGAAAUUGAUAUUCCAUUUGAAGUAACUGACCAGGAAAAGGAGAUAAUGCGCUUUCCUGGUAGCACCUUUAUUCUGGGAAGGUCAGGAACUGGGAAGACAACAGUACUGACAAUGAAGCUGAUUCAAAGGGAGCAACAAUUUCGUCUUUCUUCAAAAGGAUUAUCUGAUGUAAAGUUUGGCUUGUCUGAGGUUGUGUAUGAGAAGAGUGAGCUAAGUAAAGAUCCUGAGGUGGUAAAGGAAAAUUUCUUACGCCAGAUAUUUAUCACUGUCAGCCCAAAACUUUGUGCAGCUAUAAGGAGCCACAUAUGUCGACUCCAAAGCUUUACUUCUGGUGGUGACUCUUCUGGUAGUGCUAGUUCUACUGAUAUGCAUGAUAUCAGCGACAGCUUAACUGAUUUCAUGGAUAUUCCCGAUAGUUUUAUUGAUAUACCACAAAGGCAUUAUCCUCUUGUUAUUACCUUCCAAAAGUUCUUGAUGAUGCUUGAUGGCACCUUGUCGAACUCGUACUUCAAUAAAUUUCACAGUGUAAGGGAGCUUUCUAUGGAUACAAGAGGAGUUUCAAAGUCUCCUGCCCUCCAAGCGUUUAUCAGAAGCAAAGAGGUUACCUAUGAACGCUUCAUAGCGACUUACUGGCCUCAUUUUAAUGCACUGCUGACAAAGAAGCUCGAUCCUUCAACAGUAUUCACACAAAUCAUUUCACAUAUAAAGGGUGGAUUAGAGGCAGGUGACGCCUUGGAUGGUAAACUUAGGAGGGAGGGUUACCUUAUGCUUUCUGAGGGCCGGGUGUCCACUUUAAGCAGUGAAGAAAGAGAGAGGAUUUACAACAUUUUCCUUGAUUACGAGAAGAAAAAAGCACAGAAAGGAGAAUUUGAUUUGUCUGAUUUGGUGACUGACCUUCACCAGCGACUUCGUUGUGAAGCCCAUGUUGCCGAGACGGUAGAAUUUGUUUAUAUCGAUGAAGUCCAGGACCUAACAAUGAGACAGAUAGCACUUUUCAAAUAUGUAUGCAAAAAUGUUCAGGAAGGCUUUGUUUUUGCUGGCGACACAGCACAAACUAUUGCCAGGGGAAUUGAUUUCAGGUUCCAAGACAUAAGAUCUCUCUUCUACAAAGAGUUCCUUUAUGGAAUGAGUAGUGGAUCUAAGGAGAGAGGGAAGGAAAAGGAUAAUCUAGUCUCAGAGAUUUUCCAUUUAAAUCAGAACUUCCGAACUCAUGCAGGUGUACUGAAAUUGGCACAGAGUGUCAUCGACUUGCUCUAUCGCUUCUUUCCAUUGUCGAUUGAUCUUUUAAGUCCUGAGACUAGUCUCAUAUAUGGAGAAGCACCGGUGCUACUUGACUCUGGGAAUGAUGAGAACGCCAUUAUAACAAUUUUUGGGGGUGGUGGAAGUACUAGGGGUGUGGUGAAUGUAGGGUUUGGAGCUGAACAAGUGAUUUUAGUUCGUGAUGAUUGUGAUAAGAAGCAAAUAUUUGACCAUGUUGGAAAGCAAGCUCUUGUUCUAACAAUUGUUGAGUGCAAAGGGCUCGAAUUUCAGGACGUACUGUUAUAUAACUUUUUUGGUGCUUCACCUUUGAAAAAUCACUGGAGAGUAAUCUAUAAUUAUAUGGAAGAGCAAGAUCUUCUUGACUCCAAAUCAAGGUCAUUUCCAUGUUUUGAUAGUGCCAAGCACAGUAUCCUUUGUUCAGAACUGAAACAACUAUAUGUCGCCAUUACUCGUACAAGGCAACGGCUGUGGAUUUGUGAGAGUAUUGAUGAAUUCUCUAAGCCCAUGUUUGACUACUGGAAGAAGUUAUAUCUUGUGCAAGUAAGACAACUGGAUAGCUCGCUCGUGCAGGCUAUGCGAGCAGCAAGCACUCCCGACGAUUGGAGGUUGCGUGGUAUCAAGCUUUUUAAUGAGCAUAACUUCGAGAUGGCGACAAUGUGUUUCAAACUGGCUGGAGAUGAAUUCAGGGAGAAGUGGGCAAAAGCAGCUGGCCAUUAUGCUCAUGCUGAACGUAUUCUUUCUACAAAUUUCGAAGAGGCUCGGACUGCACUGACACAAGCUGCUGAGAUUUAUGUAUCCAUUGGCAAGGCUGAAACAGCUGCAAAAUGUUUUAUAACAUUCAAGGAGUAUGAAAGAGCAGGAAUGAUUUAUUGGGAGAAAUGUGGUGUGUCAAAGCUUGAGGAUGCAGGGGACUGUUUUGAUAUGGCCAAAUGUUGGCUUCUAGCUGCUAAGGUAUAUGCUGAAGGAAAAUGUUUCUCCAAGUGCUUGUCUGUUUGCACCAAAGGAAAACUUUUUGAUUUGGGUUUGAAAUUCAUAGAACAAUGGAAGGCAGACUCGUCCUCAGAUGAUUUCAAGGGUCAAGAAGUAGAUAGGGUUAGAACUUCAUUCUUGGAGAUCUGUGCACUCCACUAUCAUGAACUUGGAGAUUCUAAACGCAUGAUGAAGUUUGUUAAGGCUUUCCCUUCUAUGGACUUGAUCCGUACUUUCUUGAAGUCGAGGAAUUUUCUUGAUGAGCUGGUUGUGAUUGAGAUGGAAUCAGGAAACUAUAUGGAGGCUGCCGACAUUGCGAGAAUGAAAGGCGAUCUCCUACUUGAGGCUGACAUCCUUGAGAAAGCUGGACAUUUCGAUAACGCGUCACGCUUGAUUAUCCUUCAUGUUGUUAUGAGCUCUCUUUGGGCAGGUGGAAGGAAGGGUUGGCCCUUUAAGCCAUUCCCACAGAAAGAGGUUCUCUUAAUGAAGGCGAAAUCGCUAGCAGAGAAAGCAUCAAAUUUCUUCUAUGAGUCCAUAUGUGCUGAGGUAGGUGUAUUGUCAGACCAAGCCACCAGUUGGUUGAACUUGUUGGAUUACUUAAAUACUGCUCGGAAAUUUCAAAAUGUCAGACUGGAAAUAUUUGCUGCCCGUAAAAUUCUUGACAUCCAUCUAGUGUCAGAACCCUCAAAUUUUCGUUGGGAAUCAGCAGCAGUUUUGGAUUUGGGCAAGCACGCGAAUGAAAUGGCGGCCCAAAAUUCCUUCUCUGUUGAAACAUUGAUAUAUUUUUGGAAUUUGUGGAAGGAAAUGAUUCUGAAUGUUUUAUCUUAUGUUCAACUACCCAGAAUAUCUGUUGCAAAAGACUGCUCGGCAUAUGAAGAAUUUUGUUUGGAAUAUUUUGGAGUGCGGAAACAGGAUAAUCAAAAUACCUUCACUGCGCUCAAUUCAGAGGCAUGUUGGAUUAAAGCGAGUGAUAUGGGUUCUCUGCAACGGGAUCGGAACAUGGUUUCAAUGAAUGCGCAUCAGUUUAUGUCAUGUUCACAGGACUUUUUUGCUUUGGAACUGCCCUCUGUUGGUAUGGAAGUACUGGAGAGACUUGAGUUUCUGCAUGGUUUUUCUAGCAAGAAAACUUUGCCGUUAUUUUGCCAAGGACAAGUCAUCCUUCAUAUGUUCAGCACUGCAAAAUUUCUAAACGAAUCCAAAUUACUUGACUUGAAAUACUAUGUUGGGAAGCUAAAAAGAUCGCUUGCACUGUCUAAGAGAUUCUUUCUUGAUAUAAUCUUUCCGCUUGAUUGUGGAAAAUCACUAACAGAGAGCAUGGUUGCUAUGCGUGAGAGUGGGAUUGCUAGAGAUAUAAUCGAAGAAAUCAUCAUAGAGAAUCUCAGUCUUGAGAAUGGUAGGUUGACACACGGUCAGAUUGGACGGGCUGUGAUGCUGAUAUUUAUCUCUGGAAGGUUAACUGAAGAAUUGUACCAGAAGAUCAAGAUCUGUUUGGAUCAGAUGCCACCAUGGAAAGCCUUCAUUGAACUGCUGAAGACUUACAUGGAUAUCGGCUUUGAACGAAUUCCUCUACUCUGCAAAUUCCAAGAAGCUUUGGCAAGCACAUUCACAGCAUCUUGGAGAGAAUUUGAUUACAUAUCCCCGCACUGUUUUAUGUAUCUAUUUGAGUGUCUUAUGUUUUUGGCAUCAUCCUGCCUGGGAGGCGGCAGCUUCUUCUAUACUACCAAAUCAACUUUCUUUGAAAUGGCUACUUGCGAAGUCUGGAAGGGUUCUUUGGGUCCCAGUUUGGAAGCUCAAGAUGCACAGUUUCAAAGUAAGGCAGCCGAAUUGCUGGAAUUCAUGGCAAGUUCAGCUGAACAGCUUCUGAAUGAUAAACGGGGCCUGAGGGAAUGGGUCAAGAUGAUGUCCGCUCCCUAUUCAUACUAUCAUUUUCUGAUGUCUAGAUUAGUUGUCAUAAUCAGUUUAGCUUAUCUGAACUCUGAACGGGAUCUUUCUAAAAUUUCAAUGCUGCUUCUUAGGAAUGAAAUUCUUUCAGAUUUGCCUAAGCAGUUCUCUGAUAAGCUUCGAAGAGGUGGGCGAAUGAGAGAUAGAGGUCAGUUUUUAAGAAUUGUUGCGGAAGCGUUGGAAGCAACUGGCAAUCGUUUAGUGGUUGUCAGCUCAGAAAACAAUUGCUCAGAAUUCUUGAAUCUGAAUGCUUUGAUUGUCACCCCGGAGUCGAUUCAAAGCAGAGAGCAUAUUAUCCGUUUACUGUUUCUGAAGGACCCAAAAAGCAUCCAGUUGAAAGAUCGCAAGCAUGUAGAGCAAGUUGGAAAUUCAAGUAGAACCGAUCAUUCUUCCAGCGGCAACACUGGCAGAGAUUAUACUGAACUCCGUUCAAAUAUUCCUGUGAAGGAAAGCCGAGUUUUGGAGAGUAUGAAUGAAAUAGAUAACAGUGGUCUGCAAACAAAAUACAGUCGUCUGUGGGAAACAUUUGAUAUUAUCCACCAAAUGAAAAGUGGACGUUCUGAAAAUGCAGGUAGCUUUGCAUUGAAUGCCCCUCAAAUUAAGGUUGGGGUGGAGGUAUCCCUCCAAGUUCUUGAUGCUGCAACAACCCUAUUGAGUCAAAAGGAACAUCAUCAACAAAAUCUUGAUGGCAAGUUGACCAAAGAAAUGAAAAGCAUGAUCAGUGAAUUGAAACAGCUCUCUAAUGCUAUGGAUGCAAGGGAGGAGGAACUUGAGAACAAAUUUCCGACGGUGUUGAUGCUUUCUGAAAGGUUACGGGAGUGGAGGCCGAGGCUGCAGCCCAUCUUGGACUCGUUAUUUUUACCAAGUAAUCAAAACACCGUGGAGGAGGACCCUGCUACAUCUGCUUCGAGUGACCAGAGUCAGGGCAACAAGGGAAAGGAAAUUUCUGCAGAGGUUACUGCACCAGCAACAUCUGGUCCAAGCAACCAAAGCAAGGGCAACAGGGCUAAUUAAAAUAACUAGUCUAGGCAAAAGAGAAAAGGUAAGAACAAUAAAAGAUAAGUCUUCUUCUUUUUAUAGUACAAGGAUUUGUGUAAAUGAAACAAGUAAAAAAAAAGAAAAGAAAGAAAAGAAAUGGACCUCCAUUUAUAUAUGGAAUUUCAAGUAAUGAGAUUGUGAUGAGUUAUAGGUGUC